AUGUUUAAACCGGUAAUACGGAGUGCAUGCGCCAUAGUCUUUAUUAUAAUAUACACAGUGGAAAGUACAACUACGAAAUACUAUACAUAUGAAGAGGAUUCGCCUGGCACCGAGAUAGGAAAUCUGUCACAGGAUUUGAGGAUCGACCCGGCCGAAGACCCGCAGACAAGUUUUCGCUUUAUGCAGAAGGCAAACUCUUCUCUCAUUCAUAUGCGUCAGAAUGAUGGACUUUUAACAGUUGGAGAGACCAUUGACCGGGAGCAGCUGUGUCCCCGCUCACCCCGGUGCCUGGUCACGUUUGACAUUGUCGCCUUUGCCAAGGAAAAGUUCCAUCUGAUUCACGUGGAGAUCGAGGUGAAAGACAUCAAUGACAACUCCCCCAAGUUCCCACUAAACGAGACUUACUUGGAGGUUUCGGAGAACAUGGCUGUGGGUUCGCGGUUUCCUUUGGCUGUCGCGGUGGACCAGGAUGUGGGGAGUAACUACAUCCAAAGUUACCAGAUUUCUGUCAACAGCUACUUUCGCGUCGAGGCGCGGGAAGCGGACGACGGGAUUAAACACGCUGAACUAGUUUUAGUGAAAAGAUUGGACAGGGAAGCAGAGGACUUUUACACAAUUCAGGUGACGGCUAUGGAUGGGGGGAGUCCCCAUAGGACAGGGUCGAUGACAGUUAAUAUCAGGGUGCUGGAUUUCAAUGACAACAGCCCGACCUUCGAACAGAAUUCCCUAAAGGUGGAGCUCUAUGAGGACGCGCCUGUAGGUUUUUUUAUUCUUAAUGUACACGCCUUCGACCUGGACGAUGGUAUAAAUGGUGAGGUGGCGUACGCAUUUGUAGAAGAGUCACUGGACGAGGUAAAGCAGAUGUUUCAAAUAGACUCGUUCUCUGGCGCCAUAACUCUGAAGGCUUUGGUCGAUUAUGAGACAAAGAGGUCCUAUGAACUGAACAUCCAGGCUAACGAUUUAGGCUUAAACUCUAUCCCGUCCACCUGUAAGGUCGUCAUAGAAAUUGUAGAUGUAAACGACAACUUGCCGGAAAUCAGCAUCAAACCGAUGACUUCGAUGAGCGACGGUGUCGCCUACAUUACGGAAUCCGCCGCUAAGGAGAGUUUCGUGGCUCUGAUCAGCACCUCGGACAGAGACUCUGGCUCAAACGGGCAUGUGCGUUGCAGUUUACACGGGCACGAGCAUUUCAAAUUGCAAGCAGCUUAUGGCGACACCGUCAUGAUUGUGACAACAGCGACUUUGGAUAGAGAACGAAUUCCAGAGUACAACGUUACUGUUGUGGCCGAAGACCUGGGCUCUCCCCCAUUCAAAACCAUGAAACACUACACGAUUAGAGUGACUGACGAUAACGACAAUGCACCACUCUUCAGUAAGGCGGUUUACGAACUUUCAGUCGUUGAAAACAAUAUCCCUGGUUCAUACAUUGCCACGGUGAUUGCCCGUGAUCUCGACGUAGGUGACAACGGAAAUGUCACAUACCAACUCAUUGACGGGGACAUCGGUGGUGCGCCUUUAUCAACCUUUGUCUCAGUCGACCCGGUUUCGGGGUCUCUAUAUACUGUGAGGUCUUUGAAUUACGAAUCAAUGGAACAAAUCGAAGUUAACAUAAAAGCUACAGACAGAGGUUCCCCUCCACUGUCGAGUAGUACAUUAAUAAGAAUUAAAGUAAUUGACCAAAAUGACAAUGUUCCGUAUAUAACGCAUCCCGUUUUGCGUAACGACUCUGCUGAAGUUCCUGUACCUUUCAACGCCCCACCUGGUUACAUAGUCGUCCGGGUCAGGGCUCGAGAUGCAGAUGAGGGCGUGAACAGCCAGCUCAUUUUCCAGAUUCUGGAAGACGAGCAAAAGCUUUUUUCCAUCAACAAGGACAGUGGGGAAAUUGUUUUGAGAUACGGACUGACGUCCUCAUGUGGGGACGUGCUGCGGGUCAAGGUUGCUGUCAGCGACAACGGGAGGUCUCCUCUUUCCAGCACCGCCACUAUACGUUUUGUGGUGACAGAAAUGAAACCGUUGGAAGAUCAGAUUGUGGCCAUUCUGCAGUCAAUCGACCAAGAGAGGUUCGAACUCGACGUUUCACUCAUUAUUAUACUAAUACUGGGCGGUGGUUGUGCCCUGUUGCUCAUUGCGAUUGUGGCCGUUGCGCUAUCCUGCACGUUAAACUGCAAGGGAGGGAAAUACGACUCCAAGAAAAACUCCGGAAGGAGCCCUCUUCUCACGCACAAAUCACAGGAUUCUAACGUGUUCGUCGGACCCAGAGUCCUGGUCAACGAGCAGAUUACGUCAUCAAGCCAUGAAUCCAGCGAACUUUAUCACGAGAGAAGUCGAGACUCGCAGUCUAAGGUGUCCCUCUCUUCUUUCAACAAGUCCUUUGAGCCGAUAUCACUGUGGCAGUGUGAGGAAUACAGUUUACAGCUGAGUGGGCGCGCGGAUCAGCUGAGCGUGAGGGACAGCGGUAAAGGAGACAGUGACUUCAAUGACAGCGGUUCUGAUAUCAGUGCAGAUGGAUGCAGGAAAGGUGGCAGCCGGCCUCCUCCCCAGUCAAACGCCAGCACCCUCGCGGUGGAUCCUCAGACCCGGUACUGUGCAGUCCCAGUUCACACCACAGUGGCCUGCAGCAGGGGCUACACCAUAGCGUUUUCCCAGGUGACCGCGGUGCGCUACAGCCCCCACGCUAAUGCCACGUCUUGGAGCGAGUCGGGCUCUGGGGCGGGCGCCUUCGGAGGUGGGACCCCUCUGCAGUUUCCUCAGGACGGGAGCCCACCGCCCCCCCUCCCCCAGCAGGGCCAUCACUCCGGCAUGGACCACAGUGUCCCAGCUGCAGCUCUGAACACGGUCGCCACUUCCGUUUAA